ACAAGUCAUGUAUUUUCUUCGUCUUUUCACCUUAUGUGACUAAUAUGUUGUAUUUUUCCUCUGCCACUGCUGCUGUACAAAAUCACACAAUUUGCUUUCCCUUGAGGAAUUACUGGACAAACGCCAAUCUCUCCCCAGGAUAGAAAAAAACAACUCUCAAUUAUCAUCCAACCCCUUCCAUCAUUAACCAAUUCUUCCUUCCUUCACGAAAAAAAAUAAUAAAAUAAUAAAAUUUUCUCCACUCAUAAUAUUUUCACCACCCUUUUCUCACUGCCGGCGAUCUUUUCUCCCGCCGGAAAAUCUCCCGUUCCUCUGUUUGCCCAGAUUACCAACAUUUCCCGAUUUCCGGGAAACAGAGGAAGGUGACGGGAAAGGGAAACUCCUUCGAGCAUCCAUCAUUUAAUCAUAUUAUUAUCGUCCAUGGAGAUAAGAAGCAUGCAACAAAACAUCCAUCCCGGGGAGGGCUCCGGCCAAAGCAGCAACAUCGCCGGUAGGCGGACCCUGUUCGGAAAAUACGAGAUGCAGAGGUUCCUCGGGAGAGGCAACUUCGCCAAGGUAUUCAAGGCCACGAACAUCACCACGGGGGAAAGCGUGGCCGUGAAAGUGAUGAAGAAGGAACAGCUGAUGAAGACGGAAGGCCUGGCAGAGCACGUGGAAAGAGAGAUCGCGGUGAUGCACCGGAUCAAGCACCCGAACGUCGUCGAAUUGAAGGAAGUGAUGGCCACCAAGUCCAAAAUCUUCUUCGUCAUGGAGUACGUCAGGGGCGGCGAGCUGUUCGCCAAGGUGGAAAAGGGGAAACUCGACGAGGAUCUCGCCCGCCGCUACUUCCAGCAAUUGAUCAGCGCAAUCGACUAUUGCCACAGCCGGGGAGUCUCUCAUCGGGAUCUGAAGCCGGAGAAUCUGCUGCUGGACGAGAACGGGAAUCUCAAGAUCUCCGAUUUCGGACUCUCCGCGCUCCCGGGUCAGCGCUGGAACGACGGGUUGCUCCAUACCCAGUGUGGGACCCCUGCCUACGUGGCGCCGGAGGUGCUCCGGAAGAAAGGGUACGACGGGGCGAAAGCCGAUAUUUGGUCCUGUGGGGUAAUCCUCUUCGUCUUGCUCUCCGGCUAUUUGCCCUUUCUCCACGAGAAUCUGAUGAAGAUGUAUGUGAAGAUUUUCAAGGCCGAUUACAAGAUCCCCAACUGGAUUUCGAAAGACGCUAGGGAUUUGAUUUCCAGGCUUCUGGUGGUGGACACGAAGAGGCGAAUUUCGAUUCCGGAGAUUAUGGAGAAUCGGUGGUUCAAGGUCGGGCUAACGAGGCCGGUGGCAAUCCCGGCCGCGUUCCCCGAGGAGGAAGGGGAAAGGGGAUCGUCAUCGUCGGCGUCGGCGCCGCACUCGCCGCCGUUUUUCAACGCGUUUGAUUUGAUAUCGUCGAUGUCGUCGGGAUUCGAUCUGUCGAAUCUGUUCGAGGAGAAGAAGAAGCCGGGGUCGAUGUUCACGGCGAAGUGCGGGGUGCCGGUGAUCAUGUCGAAGCUGGAGACGGUGGCGAAGCAGUCGAAUUUCAGGGUGGUGAGCGACGACGACUACAAGGUGAAGAUACAGGGGAAGGCGGAAGGGAGGAAAGGGGUGCUGGCGGUGACGGCGGAGGUGUUCGAGGUGGCGCCGGAGGUGGCGGUGGUGGAGUUCUCGAAGAGGUCCGGGGACACGCUGGAGUACGAUAAGUUCUGCGAGAAGGACGUGAAGCCGGCGCUGAAGGACGUGGUGUGGACUUGGCAGGGUGAAAGCAGCGAUGAUGAAUGUCGCAAAUUAUGAAAGGGAUGAAUUAAUCUUCUCACUGCACGUUUUAGAUUUGUUGGUAAUAUGCUUAAUCACUUGCUUAGGGGUAUUGCGUGCCGCUCUACCACUCCUUGUGUUAAAGAGCUUUGCUAAUCAUUCUCAAUUAGGCAAAUAUUAAAUAUUGUUUCCAUAUGGUUUCUCACCUUGAUAAUAUGUGGUUAACGGUUAAUCUUAUUGUGUAAAGAAUAUUGUAUAAGUGAGAUUAAUUAAUUAAUGUGUAGAAUAACUUGUACCUCGAUCGUCUACUAUGCUACGAAGAAGAACUAGUGUUUCGAGCAACAAGUUGAAUUUGUAUAAUAACGUUAAAAGUACAUAUUCAGUUUGUAACAUAAAGAUUUUAAGGAAAG